GUAUGGCGGUAAACGAUUUUUUGGAUGGGCUACUUUCGGUAGCGGUGUUGUAACUUUGCUCAUACCGUCUGCGGCACAAAUCAGCUACACUGCCUUAAUAGCUAUUAGGGUGUUACUGGGAAUGUUACAGGGAGUAACAUGGCCAGCAAUGUUUGUUAUUUGGUCGCGGUGGGCACCACCACUGGAAAGACAAAAGCUGAUUUCUCUUAACUUUUCUGGUUCGACUUUAGGAAUCAUCUUGACAUAUCCCACUGUGAAUAUACUUUGUACCAUUGUAGAAAACGGCUGGAAGUAUGCAUUUUAUUUAUCAGGUGGUGUGACAAUCAUGUGGUGUCUCCUUUGGUAUUAUUUCGUUUACGAAACGCCCAGCCAACAUCCUCGAAUCACCAAACUGGAGAAGAUGUACAUUCGCAACUGUCUCAAAAAACAUUUGCCACCAGAAGAG